AUGGCGGACACCGACCUGUUUAUGGAAUGUGAGGAGGAGGAGUUGGAGCCAUGGCAGAAAAUCAGUGAUGUCAUUGAAGACUCUGUAGUUGAAGAUUAUAAUUCAGUAGAUAAAACUACUGCAGUUUCUGUGAGCCAGCAGCCAGUGUCGGCUCCAGUGCCCAUCGCUGCCCAUGCUUCUGUUGCUGGGCACCUCUCUACACCCACCACCGUUAGUAGCAGCGGGGCACAGAACAGCGACAGUACAAAGAAGACUCUUGUCACACUAAUUGCCAACAACAAUGCUGGCAAUCCUUUGGUCCAGCAAGGUGGACAGCCACUCAUCCUGACUCAGAAUCCAGCCCCAGGUCUGGGCACAAUGGUGACCCAACCAGUAUUAAGGCCUGUCCAGGUCAUGCAAAAUGCCAAUCAUGUGACUAGUUCCCCUGUGGCCUCACAACCAAUAUUCAUCACUACACAGGGAUUUCCUGUAAGGAAUGUCCGGCCUGUACAAAAUGCAAUGAAUCAGGUUGGGAUUGUGCUGAACGUACAGCAGGGCCAAACGGUUAGACCAAUUACACUAGUCCCAGCCCCAGGUACCCAGUUUGUUAAGCCGACGGUUGGAGUCCCACAAGUGUUCUCUCAGAUGACCCCUGUGAGGCCAGGCUCCACAAUGCCUGUGAGGCCCACCACCAACACCUUUACCACUGUCAUCCCAGCUACUCUCACCAUUCGAAGCACCGUCCCACAGUCCCAGUCCCAGCAGACCAAGUCCACUCCCAGCACUUCCACCACUCCCACAGCCACGCAGCCGACCUCAUUGGGACCGUUAGCUGUCCAGCCUCCAGGCCAGUCCAGCCAGACCUCGAAUCCCAAGCUGGCUCCCUCCUUUCCCUCUCCACCUGCAGUGAGCAUUGCCAGCUUCGUUACUGUGAAGCGACCUGGGGUUACAGGUGAAAAUAGCAACGAAGUGGCCAAAUUGGUGAAUACCCUUAACACCAUCCCUUCCCUGGGCCAGAGUCCUGGGCCAAUGGUGGUAUCCAAUAACAGCUCUGCUCACAGCUCUCAAAGAACCAGCGGAGCUGAGUCUUCAAUGAAAGUGACGUCUUCCAUCUCAGUGUUUGACCUCCAGGAUGGUGGACGGAAAGUAUGUCCACGCUGUAAUGCUCAAUUUCGUGUAACGGAAGCUUUGAGAGGUCACAUGUGUUAUUGUUGCCCAGAAAUGGUUGAAUACCAGAAGAAAGGAAAGUCCCUGGAUUCAGAGCCCAGUGUCCCAUCAGCUGCAAAGCCCCCAUCCCCUGAGAAGACAACUCCUAUUGCUUCUACACCCUCUUCCACACCUAUCCCUGCUCUGUCUCCUCCUACCAAAGUACCAGAGCCAAAUGAGAACAUGGGUGAUGCCGUCCAGACCAAGCUCAUUAUGCUAGUUGAUGACUUUUACUAUGGACGGGAUGGUGGCAAGGUGGCCCAGCUCACAAACUUCCCGAAGGUCGCCACAUCUUUUCGAUGCCCGCAUUGUACCAAAAGGCUAAAAAACAACAUUCGAUUCAUGAACCAUAUGAAACACCAUGUAGAGCUUGAUCAGCAGAAUGGCGAGGUGGAUGGUCACACUAUCUGCCAACACUGUUACCGCCAGUUUUCCACUCCCUUCCAGCUCCAGUGCCACUUGGAAAAUGUUCAUAGUCCCUAUGAGUCUACUACCAAGUGCAAGAUCUGUGAGUGGGCGUUUGAAAGCGAGCCUCUGUUUCUUCAGCAUAUGAAAGAUACUCAUAAGCCCGGAGAGAUGCCUUAUGUUUGCCAGGUAUGUCAGUAUCGCUCCUCACUCUACUCUGAGGUAGAUGUCCAUUUUCGGAUGAUCCAUGAGGAUACCCGGCAUCUACUCUGCCCUUACUGCCUGAAGGUCUUCAAGAAUGGCAAUGCAUUCCAGCAGCACUACAUGAGGCACCAGAAGAGAAAUGUUUAUCACUGCAACAAAUGUCGGCUACAGUUUCUCUUUGCCAAGGACAAAAUUGAACACAAACUUCAGCACCAUAAAACCUUCCGUAAACCCAAGCAGCUGGAAGGCUUGAAGCCAGGCACAAAGGUGACAAUCCGGGCUUCCCGAGGGCAGCCACGAACAGUUCCUGUAUCCUCCAAUGAUACACCUCCCGGCGCCUUGCAGGAGGCGGCACCACUGACCUCCUCCAUGGACCCUCUGCCCGUCUUCCUUUACCCCCCUGUCCAGCGCAACAUCCAGAAGAGAGCUGUUAGGAAAAUGAGUGUCAUGGGCCGGCAGACGUGUCUGGAGUGCAGCUUUGAGAUCCCAGAUUUCCCCAAUCAUUUCCCUACCUAUGUACACUGCUCUCUUUGUCGCUAUAGCACCUGCUGCUCUCGAGCUUAUGCCAACCACAUGAUCAACAAUCAUGUUCCACGGAAGAGCCCCAAGUAUUUGGCUUUGUUUAAAAAUUCUGUGAGUGGAAUCAGGCUGGCCUGCACUUCAUGUACCUUCGUUACCUCUGUGGGGGAUGCCAUGGCAAAGCAUUUGGUGUUCAACCCCUCUCACAGAUCCAGCAGCAUCCUGCCACGGGGACUCACUUGGAUAUCUCAUUCAAGGCAUGGCCAGACUCGUGACCUGGUGCUUGACCGGAACGUGAAGAAUAUGUACUCUCCUCCUUCCUUCCCUCCCAACAAAGCUGCCUCUGUGAAAUCUGUAGGAGCCACCCCCACUGAGCCUGAAGAGCUACCAACUCCCAUGGCCCAGGCACUUCCAUCACCAGCCUCCACCGCAACCCCACCACCAACGCCCACUCACCCACAGCCGUUAGCCCUCCCACCCUUAGCAACAGAGGGGGCUGAAUGUCUGAAUGUAGAUGACCAGGACGAAGGAAGCCCAGUCACCCAGGAGCCUGAGCCAGUAUUAGGGGGUGGCAGUGGUGGGGGGGUCAGCAAGAAGGAGCAGUUGUCUGUGAAGAAGCUCCGAGUGGUGCUGUUUGCCCUCUGCUGCAAUACGGAACAGGCAGCUGAACACUUCCGGAACCCCCAGCGCCGUAUCCGGCGUUGGCUUCGACGCUUCCAGGCCUCCCAGGGGGAGAAUCUAGAGGGCAAGUAUCUGAGCUUUGAGGCAGAAGAGAAACUGGCUGAGUGGGUGCUGACGCAACGAGAGCAGCAGCUCCCUGUAAAUGAGGAGACCUUGUUCCAGAAGGCGACCAAGAUAGGGCGUUCUCUGGAGGGGGGGUUUAAGAUCUCCUACGAGUGGGCUGUGCGUUUCAUGCUGCGGCACCACCUGACUCCCCAUGCCCGGCGAGCAGUGGCCCACACCCUACCUAAGGACGUGGCAGAGAACGCAGGACUCUUCAUUGAAUUCGUUCAGCGGCAGAUCCACAACCAGGACUUACCCUUGUCUAUGAUUGUAGCUGUCGAUGAGAUCUCCUUGUUUCUGGAUACAGAGGUGCUGAGCAGUGAUGACCGAAAGGAGAAUGCCCUGCAGACAGUGGGCACGGGGGAGCCGUGGUGUGAUGUGGUGCUGGCCAUCCUGGCAGAUGGCACUGUCCUUCCCACCUUGGUUUUCUACCGAGGACAGAUGGAUCAGCCUGCUUCCGUGCCAGACUCUAUAUUGCUGGAGGCAAAGGAGAGUGGCUACAGCGAUGACGAGAUCAUGGAGUUGUGGUCAGCCCGGGUGUGGCAGAAGCACACGGCCUGCCAGCGCAGCAAAGGCAUGCUGGUGAUGGACUGCCAUCGCACCCACCUGUCAGAGGAGGUGCUGGCCAUGCUCAGUGCCUCCAGCACUUUGCCUGCCGUGGUCCCAGCAGGCUGUAGCUCCAAAAUCCAGCCCUUAGAUGUGUGCAUCAAACGAACUGUCAAGAACUUCCUGCACAAAAAGUGGAAGGAGCAGGCUCGGGAAAUGGCAGACACUGCAUGUGAUUCUGAUGUCCUGCUUCAGCUGGUGCUGGUCUGGCUGGGCGAAGUGCUGGCCGUCAUUGGGGACUGUCCAGAGCUGGUUCAGCGGUCCUUCCUCGUGGCUAGUGUUCUUCCUGGCCCCGACGGCAACAUCAACUCCCCUACAAAAAAUGCUGACAUGCAGGAGGAGCUGAUCGCCUCCUUGGAGGAGCAGCUGAAGCUGAGUGGGGAACAGUCUGAGGAACCCUCAGCUUCCACUCCCCGGCCCAGGUCAUCUCCUGAAGAGACAAUUGAGCCCGAAAGCCUUCACCAGCUGUUUGAGGGUGAAAGUGAGACCGAGUCUUUCUAUGGCUUUGAAGAAGCUGACCUAGAUCUGAUGGAGAUUUGAGCGUUGGGGUCCUGAGGGGGGUGUGGAUUGGGGGUGGGAAAGUGUGAGGGAGGGUAGAGGGAUUUAGGGACAAGGGGGCAUACCAGGUGGAGUAUUUGGUUUAUAUUUUUUAAUUUUAUGCCACCACUCCCCCCCAAUGUUGACUUACACUUCCCUGUGGAUUUGUGGAUUAUUAGGAAAACCAAUAGUGAUCAC